UCUCAGACCUGCUGGUGGACAUGCUGGGGGUGAUGGCCAGCUACAGCAUCACAGUGAAGGAGCUCAAGCUGCUCUUCAGCAUGCUGAGGGGUGACAACGGGGUCUGGCCCAGACAUGCCAUCAAGCUGCUGUCUGUGUUGAACCAGAUGCCCCAGAGACACGGUCCAGACACCUUCUUUAACUUCCAGGAAGAAGUGCAGCGGCUAUAGCGUUGCCACCGAUCGCUAAAUGGCCUUACCAGAAUGGAUUCACCCUCAACACUUGGUUCAGACAGGACCCCCUCAACAACAUCAACGUGGACAAAGACAAGCCCUAUCUCUACUGUUUUCGAACCAGCAAAGGCAUCGGUUACUCUGCUCACUUUGUGGGGAACUGUCUGAUCGUCACGUCACUCAGUCGAAAGGGAAAGGCUUUCAGCACUGCGUGAAAUAUGAUUUCCAGCCCCGCAAGUGGUACAUGAUCAGCAUCGUGCACAUCUACAACCGCUGGAGGAACUCUGAGAUCCGUUGCUAUGUCAACGGACAGCUCGUCUCCUACGGCGACAUGGCCUGGCACGUCAACACAAACGAUAGCUAUGACAAGUGUUUCCUGGGCUCCUCGGAGACGGCCGACGCCAACCGGGUGUUCUGCGGUCAGCUGGGGGCCGUGUACGUGUUCAGCGAGGCCCUCAACCCCGCACAGAUCUUCGCCAUCCACCAGCUGGGCCCCGGCUACAAGAGCACCUUCAAGUUCAAGUCGGAGAGCGACAUCCACCUGGCGGAACACCACAAGCAGGUGCUGUACGACAGCAAGCUGGCCAACUCCAUCUCCUUCACCUACAACGCCAAGGCCACGGACGCACAGCUGUGCCUGGAGUCCUCGCCCCGCGAGAACGCCUCCAUCUUCGUCCACUCGCCGCACGCCCUCAUGCUGCAGGACGUGAAGGCCAUCGUGACCCACUCCAUCCACAGUGCCAUCCACUCCAUCGGGGGCAUCCAGGUCCUGUUUCCCCUGUUCUCCCAGCUGGACUACCGGCAGCUCAACGACAGCUCCGUGGACACCAGCGUCUGUGCUACGUUGCUAGCCUUCCUGGUGGAGCUUCUGAAGAGCUCGGUGGCCAUGCAGGAGCAGAUGCUGGGAGGGAAAGGCUUCCUCGUGAUUGGCUACCUCCUGGAGAAGUCGUCCCGGGUGCACAUCACCAGGGCGGUGCUGGAGCAGUUCCUGUCCUUCGCCAAGUACCUGGACGGCCUGCCCCACGGCGCGCCGCUGCUCAAGCAGCUGUGUGACCACGUCCUGUUCAACGCCGCCAUCUGGAUCCACACCCCCGCCAAGGUCCAGCUCUCCCUGUACACAUACCUGUCGUCAGAGUUCAUCGGCACGGCGACCAUCUACACGACCAUCCGGCGCGUGGGCACGGUGCUGCAGCUCAUGCACACGCUGAAGUACUACUACUGGGCCUGCAGCCCGCUGGAGUGUAGCGGCAUCACGCCCAAGGGCCUCGACGGGCCACGGCCGACCCAGAAGGAGAUCAUCUCCCUGCGAGCGUUCAUGCUCCUGUUCCUCAAGCAGCUCAUCCUGAAGGAUCGAGGUGUGAAGGAGGAUGAGCUGCAGAGUAUUCUGAACUACCUGUUGACUAUGCAUGAGGAUGAGAACAUCCAUGACGUGCUCCAGUUGCUGGUGGCUCUGAUGUCGGAGCACCCGGCCUCCAUGAUCCCUGCCUUCGACCAGCGCAACGGCAUCAGCGUUGGAUUGUACAGUAAUGGAGCGCCUGAUGUUGCUUGCAGGGUGAUCUGCAAGCUGCUGGCAUCCAAGAGCGAGAGCAUCAGAGUCCAAGCCCUCAAAGUCCUGGGCUACUUCCUCAAGCACCUCGGUCACAAGCGGAAGGUGGAGAUCAUGCACACGCACAGCCUGUUCACGCUGCUCGGUGAGAGACUGAUGAUGCACACCAACACCGUCUCCGUGACGACCUACAACACCCUGUACGAGAUUCUGACGGAGCAAGUGUGCACCCAGGUGGUUCACAAACCCCACCCGGAGCCAGACUCCACCGUCAAGAUUCAGAACCCCAUGAUCCUGAAGGUGGUGGCCACGCUGCUGAAGAGCUCCACCCCCAGUACUGAGCUGAUGGAGGUCCGGAGGCUGUUCCUCUCCGACAUGAUCAAGCUCUUCAGCAACAGCCGCGAGAACCGCCGCUGCCUGCUGCAGUGCUCUGUGUGGCAGGACUGGAUGUUCUCGCUGGGCUACAUCAACCCCAAGAGCCCCGAGGAGCAGAAGAUCACGGAGAUGGUGUACAACAUCUUCCGCAUCCUGCUCUACCACGCCAUCAAGUACGAGUGGGGCGGCUGGAGGGUGUGGGUGGACACCCUCUCCAUCGCCCACUCCAAGGUGACCUACGAGGCCCACAAGGAGUACCUGGCCAAGAUGUACGAGGAGUACCAGCGGCAGGAGGAGGAGAACAUGAAGAAGGGCAAGAAGGGCUCCGUCUCCACCAUCUCCGGCCUGUCCGCCGUGCCUGCUCCCGUCGUCAACGGCAACCUGGAGAUCGACGACAACUCCGCCACGCAGACGCCUGAGAGCGAGGCCGAGUACAGCGAGGGCGGUGUCGGCGGCGUUGUCGGAGGCGUUGUCGGCGGCGUCGGCGUCGGCGUCGUCGUCGUCGGCGACUCCUCGCGCAACCUCCUGGCGGACGGCGCGGUGAAGCGGCCCGACGCCGAGGCCCUGACGCCCGGGGACCAGAUCCCCGUGCCGGGCGUCCGGGUGGAGGUGCACGACCUGCUGGUGGACAUCAAGGCGGAGAAGGUGGAGGCCACGGAGGUGAAGCUGGACGACCUGGACCUGUCCCCGGAGGGGCUAGGCGGGGGCCUGGUGGCGGGCGUGGUGGUUGGCGGCGGCGUGGGCGUGGGCGUGGCCGGGGUGGGGGGCAUGGAGAACGGACCCCUGGUGGAGGUGGGGUCCCUGCUGGACAGUGCCUACUGCGCGGCGGUGCAGAACCUGAACGGGGGCCUGGCGCUGAAGGAGGAGCGGCCUGGGGCCAGGGGCGUCUGCCUGGGCUCCGGCCUGGGGCUGGCGGGGGUCGGCCUGGAGGACGACGGGAACAUGGGACCCCUCAUCACGCUGGCCGACGAGAAGGACAGCGUGCCCAGCAACAACGGCUUCCUCUUCAGCAAGGUGGAUGAGAAGCUCCUCCCGGCUCUGGCGGCCCCAGACCCGCUGGUCCUCCCCAGGGCCGACCAGCCGCCCCCCCCCGGCCCGGGGCCCGGCUGCCCCAGCGACGACCUCAGCCUGCUGGCCCACAUGACCAGCUGCGGCUCGGACCUGGGCCCGCAGGCGCAGAGCUCGGGCCCCGGGGACAUGCCCGAGGACGACGCCUUCAAGAUCCAGAGCCCCCUGGCGGACAUCAGCUCCAUCGCGGCCGCCGAGAGCCUGCAGGCGAGGGCCCAGGCGCACGCCGCCGCCAGGGCCGAGUUCCCCGAGGGGGAGGGCCCGGCGGGGGCCGACGGAGAGGGGGCGGGGCUGAAGGCCGGCGGGGACACGGCCAGCACCGCCUCCGACACCGAGAGGUCAGACGACGGCAAGGACAAGGACGUCAAGAAGAUCCAGACCACCGCGACCACCCAGGCCCUUCACGGCCGGACGGCGGCCCAGCUGGAGCGGGACCUGCGGGUGGACCUGGGCUUCCGCGGCAUGCCCAUGACGGAGGAGCAGCGGCGGCAGUUCAGCCCCGGCCCGCGCACCACCAUGUUCCGCAUCCCCGAGUUCAAGUGGUCGCCCAUGCACCAGCGGCUGCUCACCGACCUGCUGUUCGCCCUGGAGACCGACGUCCACGUGUGGAGGAGUCACUCCACCAAGUCCGUAAUGGACUUUGUGAACAGCAACGAGAACAUCAUCUUCGUGCACAACACCAUCCAUCUCAUCUCUCAGAUGGUGGACAACAUCAUCAUCGCCUGCGGAGGCAUCCUUCCUCUGCUCUCUGCGGCCACCUCCCCCUCUAGUUCUAAGAGUAGUGCCAACGCUAAGGCAGGAGGAGCGGCACCCCAGGGGGGGUCAAAGGGCAAGGAGGUGAACCCUUUACCGGGGGCUGGAGCCGCAGGGGGUGAGACGGAGCUGGAGAACAUCGAGGCCACCCAGGGCAUGUCCUCAGAGACGGCGGUCACCUUCCUGUCCCGCCUCAUGGCCAUGGUGGACGUCCUGGUGUUCGCCAGCUCGCUCAACUUCAGCGAGAUCGAGGCGGAGAAGAACAUGUCCAGCGGGGGGCUGAUGAGGCAGUGCCUCCGACUUGUGUGCUGCGUUGCGGUGAGGAACUGCCUGGAGUGCAGACAGCGGCAGAGAGAGCGCGGCUGUAAAUCGUCUCUGAGCAGCAGCCGAUCCCAGGACAGUCUGCACAGUGCCCCCACUACCAACAAGCAGGACCCAGACCGCCUCUUACAGGACGUGGACAUCAACCGACUCAGGGCCGUGGUGUUUAGAGACGUGGACGACAGUAAGCAGGCUCAGUUCCUGGCGUUGGCUGUCGUCUACUUCAUCUCCGUGCUAAUGGUCUCCAAGUACCGGGACAUCCUGGAGCCCCAGCGGGAGAUUGGCAGGUCCACCAGCCUAUCAGGGAGGAGCAUCCGCCACGAGAUCAACUCUCCGACCAGCACAGAACACCCCUCGUCGGGCUUCUCCGACCGGGACAAGCAGAGCUCCACCCCCGGGGACAACUCCCCCUGCGGGGGCCUGCCCCACACCGACUCGGGCAUCGGGGAGGAGGGCCACGUGUCCGGGUCCCUGAACGGCUCGGAGAUGGGCCUGGGUCUGGGCCUGGGCAUGGUGGGCCGCGAGACGGACCGGGACCGGGACGUGGUCGGCGGCGUGGGCGUGGGGGGCACGGCGGACCUGCUGUGCGGCCUGUCGGACGUCAGGAGGUCCCAGGAGAGUCUGCUGGACUCGCCGCAUAACCCUGGCUCCGCCUCCAACCCGUCAGGCUCCGCCCUCCUCCAUCUCGCAGCCUCCAUCUCCAGCAUCAGCCAGACCAACAAGGGCAUCAACGUCAAGGAGAUCCUGAAGAGCUUGGUGGCCGCCCCUCUGGACGGCGGGGACACGGGGCAGGAGGUGGGACCCACCCCCUACCACCCGGACCCCCUCCUGAAGACACACCCCAUGCUGCCCAUGCAGUUCCACUCCUUCGACAGGAGCGUCGUGGUGCCAGUCAAGAAGGCCCCGCCCGGCAGCCUGUCCGUCAACACGGUGGGCACGCCCACCACAGGCGGGUCAGCCACUCCUGGCAGCACACCCAACAUCUUCGCCGCUGCCACGGCAACCCCAAAGAGCAUGAUCAACACUACAGGGGCCGCAGACUCCGCCUCCUCUUCCUCCUCCUCGUCCUCGUCCUUCGUCAACGGCGCCACCAGCAAGAGCCUUCCGGCGGUGCAGACGGUGGCGCCGAUGCCCGAGGACACCAUGGAGAACAUGAGUUCCUAUUGUGAGGUGGAGCAGUGCGGUCAGACAGGCCCCGAGCUCAAGUCUUUUAGCUCUCUCGCUGGCUUCCAGACCACCCCCAGAGACGCAGGGCAGUGUUUUAGUAUCACCACCAAGCUGGAGAGGGCGCUAGAGAAGGUGGCCCCCCUGCUGAGGGAGAUCUUUGUGGACUUUGCCCCCUUCCUGUCCAGGACUCUGCUGGGCAGCCAUGGGCAGGAGCUGCUCAUAGAAGGUACGGUCUGGUGUGGCAUGAAGUCGAGCACGUCGGUGGUGGAGCUCGUCAUGCUGCUCUGUUCAACAGGUUGGCUCACGCACACACGCUCGCACACACACACACGCACGCACCGUGUGCUCCACCCCAGGGUAGAGGCCUCAUCCAUCUUUCAGCACACUGAGAUGGACGAUGGCCUGGCCAUCUGGCCGCUGUCCGAGCUGCCGUGA